ACUUCGUUCCCCCGUGAAAACACAUUCCACAAGCAGUGUGCCUCCGUUCGCAGCGCGCGCUGCCUCUUGUGCGUAACGGGGACGCUUGCCUAACAAACGAACGUACAGCACUGCGCACAGGAUUGGCCGACAAACCUGAAAGAGAAUGUUCUUUUUCACACUGGAAUAUCACCCAUAUAUGGAGACUUAUUUGUAUUCCGGACUUUGGGGUGAUGAAAACACACUGGAUAUGGUGUGAGCACGGAACAUGGAGCUGCUGCAGACCCUGCAUGAAACUGAAGAUGAUAGCAGCUUGCCGGGACGCAACGGUUCCUCAGGUAUUAUACCUAUGUGCUCUACAUUUCUUCAUAGAUCACGCAAACUAGCGCACGGCACAUCUCCAUUUCUGAAAUGCUCUAGGACUAAUGGCUUGGUCUACAUUUUAACAAUUAAAAGAUAAAAGCUGUUUUGGGAGGAGGCGUGGCGGAGGGCAGGCAAACAAUAAAUAUAACACUGUAGAGAAGAUGCCUUUAAAAUGGAUGUAGCCAAAUUCAUCCCUGUUGCCAACGCCUCGCAGAAUGUCAAUGCCUCAGACAUGCCGAGACCUCUGCCGCACACAGGGCUGGUCUCUGCUCUUAUCGUCCUGGUGGUCUCCGUUAUAAUUAUGGUCACCAUCGUUGGUAACGUGCUGGUCAUUGUGGCCGUGCUCAACAGCCGGGCCCUGCGCGCGCCCCAGAACCUUUUCUUGGUGUCCCUGGCAUGCGCGGACAUCCUGGUGGCCACACUGGUCAUCCCGUUCUCCCUUGCCAAUGAGGUCAUGGGUUACUGGUACUUUGGGAGCACCUGGUGCGCCUUUUACCUGGCACUGGAUGUGUUGUUCUGCACCUCGUCCAUAGUCCACCUGUGUGCCAUCAGUCUGGACCGCUACUGGUCCGUCACCAAGGCGGUGAGUUACAACCUGAAGCGGACCCCGAAGCGCAUCCGUUCCAUGAUAGCUGUGGUGUGGGUCAUCUCUGCCGUCAUCUCCUUCCCACCGCUCAUCAUGACCAAGCACGAUGAGCACGAGUGUCUGUUGAACAAUGAGACUUGGUACAUCCUCUCCUCCUGCGUUGUGUCCUUCUUCGCUCCAGGCUUCAUCAUGAUCCUUGUCUACUGUAAGAUCUACAAGGUGGCCAAGCAGCGCUCCUCCACCGUAUUCGUGGCUAAGAACGGCCUGGAGAGACAGCCUUCCCAGUCGGAGACAUGCUUCGUGCGAAAGGAUCGGAUGGAGAUGGAGAGCCCCAGUAGCCUGAGCUCUGAAGAACGCCACCGGCAGGAGGAGCUGGACGAUAUCGACCUGGAGGAGAGCUGCUGUGCCUCGGACAACAAACCACGGAAUCCAUCCGGCGCGCGUUUCUCCAAGCGCAGGAAGGUGGAGGGCUCAGAUUGUUGCCCGCGUCAGAGCUGCGGCAUGUCUUGGGCCUCGGCGCGUGCCUCGCAGCUUUUCCAAGACCCUAAAACCUCUGCCAACGUGGCCCUGGCAGCCCAACACCACCGCUUUUCUUCGGCUUCGUCCAAGAUCAAGGUGGCCCAGAUGCGUGAGAAACGCUUCACCUUCGUGCUUGCAGUUGUGAUGGGGGUGUUUGUGCUCUGCUGGUUUCCCUUCUUCUUCACAUAUAGCCUGCAUGCAAUCUGCAGGGAUAGCUGCUACAUCCCUGGCGCUCUCUUCAACGCCUUCUUCUGGAUCGGUUACUGUAACAGCUCGGUGAACCCUAUCAUAUAUACUAUUUUCAACAGGGAUUUCCGCAAGGCGUUUAAGAAAAUAGUUUGCCGGACUUCAAAGCGCAGUAAUGCCACUUGAAAUGAAGGGGUCAAUGUGAGGCUGGGGAGACUGAGCGUUACUGCUUAUCCUUACAAGACUUCAGUUCUUACUGUACCUGCGCACAUCCUUGCACCUAUGAAUGACUAUUCAUUCCAAAAGGAAGUUAUAGGCUUGUGAGUAAUAUGAUGGUAUCAAAGUAUUUAGUGUUGUAAAUAAAUAUGUGAAUAUUGAACAAUGUACCAAGAAAAGAGGAUAUAUCAAAACAAGAGAAAAAUAUAAUGUUGUGAAUGAUGAUUUGUUAUUGCUAUACUGAAUGUUAUUCCCUGCUUUGAACGUUAGGAAUUCAUUGCAUAUUCAGUCAGGUAACUGAGGUAGCCUCACUCUGAGACACAUAUAUAAACAUGUGCCCGUUAUAGUGCCACUGUUUGGGUGACAGUGUUUGCAAUGUGUCUUAUAAUACGAAUGUAGUUGACAGAUUUUUAUGCAUUUAUGUGACAGACCACACCCAUGUGAAUGUUUUUUUGGGGUCAGUAGAGGCCAUUUUGUUUAAGAUACUAAUGUUAAAAAUAUUGUGUUGAGUUACAUGAAUUUCGGUUUUUAUUCAAAAUGGUGUAAAAUCCCAUAUGAUGCAUCUUACGGGUUCUUGAGUCAAAUUUGUUCCUUAUGAGGUGAGGGACCUAUGUAUUGAACUGGACUGACACAAGAGGUGUGACCUUGCCAAGGUCAAAUUAAAUUGCUUGUUAUGGCACCACCAUCUGGAACGUCUGUGUGUUUUAAAGAAAAACGCAACAUUCACCAGCAUUUAAUCACAAAGUUUCUUUUUUUUGCUAGACUCAAAAAUGUAUGGACAUGCAGAGACCAAUUUACAGUGCCCUACCCACUUUAGUUGACAUUCUUGUAAACUGUGAAUCAUUCAUUACACUCGUUAUAAGGACUGAGAGUAAGCACAAAGUGAACCACCUACUCGCACUCUUAGUUGCUAAAGAGACCCAUUUUUCUAAGAGUGUGGCCUUUGAAUUAGUAGCCAAAAUGGUUGGGAAUUACUAAAGUUGCUUGAGUUUUAUCAAGAGGUGUCA